AGAAGUUACGAUCAUGACUACCCCGGGUCAUCGCAGUAAUCGUCACACCAUGUCAGGCUGCCUGAGCAGUUCAAGGCGCGUGGGUACGGGUGGCUACGGCGUCGGCUGCACCAGCGAGUGCCGGGACUCAGUAGGCUUCCGGUCUCCUCUGGAGGCCAUGUCGGGCCCCCGAGAGACGAUGCUCUGGCUGCCCUGCGUGGUGCCCGGAGGCCAGAGGCCCGACUACCUGGCCACUGUCUGCGUCGACGCCAACUCGCCGGACUUCUGCAAGGUGAUCCACCGUCUACCGAUGCCUCACACGGGUGACGAGCUUCACCACAUGAACUGGAACACGUGCAGCAGCUGCUACGGCAACCCGAGCAAGCGGAGGGACAAGCUGGUGCUGCCCUGCCUCAACAGCGACCGCAUCUACGUCGUGGACGUGGGUCAGGACCCCAGGGCGCCCAGGCUGUUCAAGGUGAUCGAACCCGAGGAAGUACACAGCUACGGGGUUGGGGCGCCUCAUACGCCCCACUGCCUCCCCAGCGGAGAGGUGAUGUUGAGCACCAUGGGUGACGCUAACGGAAAUGCCAAAGGCAGCUUCUUGGUGCUGGAAGAGCGCACGUUUUCCCUGCGUGGGACUUGGCAACCGGAGCUGUACUUCUCCGACUUCGGGUACGACUUCUGGUACCAGCCUCGCCACAACGUGAUGGUGAGCAGCCAAUGGGGGGCGCCCUCUGCAUUCCGGACGGGCUUCAACAUGGCCGACGUCAAGCAAGGGCUGUACGGCUCGAGCCUGGUUGUCUGGGACUGGAUGUACCGGCACAAGCUUCAGACGCUGGACCUGGGCGAGGAGGGUCUGCUCCCCCUGGAAGUUCGCUUCCUGCACGACCCCGACGCCGCCGAGGGCUACGUGGGUUGUGCACUCGGCGGGACCGUGUUUCGUUUCUUCAAAAACGACGAGAAAUGCUGGGAAGCUGAGAAAGUGAUCUCGGUGCCUCCGAAGAAAGUAAAAGGAUGGGCUAUGGAAAUGAUGCCAGCGGUGAUCACAGACAUCCUGAUUUCGCUGGACGACCGUUUCCUGUACAUCGCCUGUUGGAUCCACGGGGACGUCCGACAGUACGACAUCUCAGACACGAGGCACCCGAAGCUCGUCGGGCAGGUAUUUACGGGAGGCUGUAUCUACAAGAACGGACCCGUGAAGGUCAUCCAUGACGAAGAAUUGAAGACGCAGCCUCCCCGCUGCACGCUGAAGGACAAGCCUGUACGCGGAGCCGCCCAGAUGCUUCAACUGAGCCUGGAUGGAAAGAGGUUGUACGCCACGACCUCCCUCUACAGCGCCUGGGACAACCAGUUCUACCCGGAGAUGAUUGAGGGCGGCGCCAUGAUGAUGCGCAUCAACGUGGACACGGCCAAGGGCGGUCUGUCCAUGGAUCCCGACUUCCUGGUGGACUUCGGCGAAGAGCCCGAGGGGCCCGUCCUGGCGCACGAAAUCCGUUUUCCCGGAGGGGACUCCACGUCCGACAUCUGGCUCUGAGCCGGGUUCCUGCUCCGGCUCUGCUUCCGCCGCAACACGGAAGAGCACUGGAACCCUAGGGCGAGAGUUCAGUCGUUGUCGCCUAUUCAGAGAAGA